AUGCCAGGACGGCUCGCGAGGCCUGAGCGCCUGGUGGUGGUCCUGCGGGGCAUCCCCGGGUCCGGCAAGAGCCACGUUGCGCGAGCGAUCCGCGACCUUGAAGUCGGCGCCGGCGCGGAACCGCCCAGGAUUCAUUCCCUCGACGAUUACUUCACGGUCGACUCGGACUCCGACGACGACGGCGACGACAAGCGCGGCUCGCGUGCGCGGCCAGCCGGGGACGCCGCAGCUCGGCCUGACGUCAGCAGAGCCCCGCGGUACAACUACGACGCCGCCAUGGAGCCCCAGUACCGCGCGCUGCUGAUGAAGAGCUUCGCGCGGACGCUACAGAACAGGCACCACUCCCUCGUGGUCCUCGACGCGCCGAACCUGACCGUCGCGGAGCUCCAGGGGUGUCUGACGGCGUGCUCGAGUCAACGGUACGAGGGGCUGGUCCUCGAGGCACCUGUCAGGGACCCCGCGGAGGCGGCAGCGCAGGGCGUGCACGGCCGGUCCCAGCGCGAGGUAGAGGAAGCGUGCGCGCGGCUCGAACCGUGCCCGUCGUACAUACAACAGAUCGACCCGUUCUCGAUCCCGGGGCUGGGAAACAAGGGCCGCGUUGCGACGGCAGUGGACGGUUCGGGCGGGGCGGGUGGGGGCGGCGCGCCGGACGAGGACGCCGUGGAAGUGGAGAUGGAGGACGAGGCGCCGCCUGCGCCGCCCACCGGCGGGCUGUGGGACAACGACGAGGACGAGGACGGCGCCAGCGACGACGCAACGAACGCGCGACGACGUGGCACGGGGAGCAGGGAACCGCCGAAGAUCGCGCUCGAACCAACAACAGGUCAUAGCAACGGCGCACUUUCGGAGCGCCUUGCGGCGGAGGCGCGGGAGUUCCGCGCCAGCCACGUGGGCGCCGGGGGGGCCGACGGCGCAGACGUAGGUGGCGAGCUGCUGCACGGGAGCGCGCGGAAACGACCAGCCUCGGCCGGCGAGGACGCGGCCGACGAGCUGCUCGCCGGCGCACAGCCCGCGCGCAAGCUGCUCCGGACGCGGUGGGACCAGCCGGCGCCGGCGCAGGAUGGGCGCCGCCACCCGGGCCACGCCGCCGCGCCCACCGCGAGCGUCAAGGGCAUCCUGUCGAGCGGCCGCAAGGCGAAGAGCGCCACGCGGCGCGUGAAGUGGGCGGACAGCUCCGGCGCCGCCCUCGCGGUCGUUGCAGCUCGCGACCGGUUCGGACCCCCCCCCGCCAGUCUGUCGCCGAUUGGCAGCCCGACCCCGAGCCCGCUGUCCCCGCCCGCGCCGCACAUCGCCGUUGCGGGCUUCGGCGCCGCGCACGUCGCGGCGUUGUCGUGGGAGACGAUCGGAGAGGACGCCGACGGCGGCGGCGACGACGCGGGCGCUGCGGAGCCGUGCGUGGGCGAGACGGACCUCAUCGGGCCGGGGCACACGUUCCGGGAGCACGUGGACGCGGAGAACCACAAGCUGCGGGCGCUGUUCGGGGGCGGCGGGCUGCACUCCCGCGACAGGGAGCUGCACAUCCAGGACGAUGAAGGGGGGGGGGGUCUUUCGGGGCUGUGGGAGGACGAAGGCGGAGGUCUGCCCGGCGGGGUGGGUCAGGACCACGAGGACGAGCACGGCGGGGCGCUCAGACUGGACUAG